AUUACACACACACACACACACACACACACAUAUAUAUAUAAUAAUAAUAAAAAUGGGAAGACCACCAUGCUGUGAUAAGAUUGGAGUGAAGAAAGGGCCAUGGACGCCAGAAGAAGAUAUAAUCUUGGUUUCUUACAUUCAAGAACAUGGUCCUGGUAAUUGGAGAGCUGUUCCUACUAAUACAGGGUUGCUUAGAUGCAGCAAGAGUUGCCGGCUCCGGUGGACGAAUUAUCUCCGGCCGGGAAUCAAGCGCGGCAACUUCACCGAGCACGAGGAGAAGAUGAUUAUCCACCUCCAAGCUCUUCUUGGCAAUCGAUGGGCUGCCAUAGCUUCAUACCUUCCCGAGAGAACCGACAACGACAUCAAGAACUAUUGGAACACUCACUUGAAAAAGAAGCUCGAAAAACAAAAUCACCAUACUCAAAAUGGGAAUCAUAACAACUCAUCAUCAUCCUCGUCGUCAUCCGAACAUUCGAAAUCAAAUUCGAAAGGUCAAUGGGAGAGAAGGCUUCAAACGGACAUUCACACGGCCAAACAAGCCCUUUGUGAUGCCCUCUCCCUCGACAAAUCGGGCCCCACAAUCUCCCCGAUCGACACAAAGCUCUUCAAUGUCGUACCUCAAGUGCAAACAUCUACAUAUGCAUCGAGCACCGAAAACAUAGCCCGUUUGCUCGAAAAAUGGAUCAAGAAACCCUCAAACGACUCCUCUCAAUCCGCCUCGUCCGAGAGCACUACUCCGAGCACUUCCUUCAGUAAUAAUAUUAUAAAUAAUAAUAAUAAUAAUAAGAAUGCUUCGGUGGGGUUGAUUUCGAGUCCGAGCGAGGGGGCGGUUAGCACAACAUUUCUCAGCUUCAAUUCGACGAACUCCGAUUUCACUCAAUCGGAGUACGAGGGCAAAUUCGAAAACGGGAUAUUCCGAGAUGGGAGUAAGGAUAAUAUUUUAGAGACACAAAUGCCCUUCAGUUUGUUGGAGAAAUGGCUUCUUGAUGAUGCUGCUGCACAGGGGCAAGAUGGGGAUUUCAUGGACAUGGACCUGGUUGGAACUGCUGAUUUGUUCUGAAGCAGAUUUGAUUAUAUUUCUUAAUUAAUCUCUCUAGAACAACUCAGAAGUUUUAAUUAAUUAAUUAAUUAUAGGGUUUAUUUUAUUUUAAUUUUAUUUAAUUUGUGGUUUAAUUUUGUAUUUGUUUUUAGGCUUUUGUUGUGAACUGAGGAUAGAAUUUAUGCUACAUGUGUAUUUACUAUUUAGCCAGCUGAGGAUCAGACAGAAAAGAUGAUCUCUUUCCUUUGUGAUUGUGAGAUCAGAAAGUGUAAAUGUCUUUGUAGUCUAUAUAUCUAUAUAUAAUUAGUUUAUAUUUUAAUUUA